AUGGAACCACCGAAAGGUAAUAAUUUUACCGUGAUCGAAUUAAAAGAGGCUCUUCGCGAGAGAGGAUUGUCCUCUACAGGAUCGAAGGCAGAAUUAAUCCAACGCCUGAGUGAAUACGAUCCAAAUAUCUGGAAGACAUUAAGUGAGAAACGGAACGGGAUACAGGGUGAGCAGACCGAUGCAGAGGACUAUGCAUCGAUACCGGAAGAACAUCACGAGUCUGAGCUACAGGGAGAGCGGGAAGACUAUACGCAACAUGAGCUAACAUUAAUCCGCAAGGAGAGAGAGCUGUUACAAAGAGAGCAGCAGCUACUGCGCAGAGAACGCGAAAUGAACCGCUGCGCAUCAACGACCAGCGUCACAUCGGUAGCUGGCGGAGUUCGAAAUCUUCGAGAUUUGCUGCCGGAAUUCGACGCGAGUGAUAACACCUUCUGGAGAUGGAAAAAACAGCUUGAAUUUGUGAGAAAUUCGUAUAUGUUAGACGACAGCGCUACCAAGAUUUUAAUAAGUACCAGAUUAAAGGGACGAGCGCUUAAUUGGUUCUAUUCCAGGGCAGAAUAUUUAACGUUGAGCGUCGAAGAUCUCCUACAAGAAAUGGUGCAAAUGUUCGAUUCGCGUCCAAGUAAGUUAACGCUUAGAAAAGAAUUCGAAGCUCGCGUUUGGAAAACAGAAGAAUCGUUUUGUGAUUACUACCACGAGAAAGUGAUUCUCGCCAAUCGAGUGCCGAUCGCGGAGGACGAGCUCCUGGACUAUGUUAUCGAGGGCAUAAGUGACAUGCGUCUACAGAAUCAGACGCGUAUUAUGAAUUUCCAGACCGGGACGGAACUACUCAAGGCAUUCGAAAAAAUCCGUCUAGAUUCCAAGAGAUCAAACGAUUUCAAGCAGAAGCAAAGUGAUUCAAAAUCAUCUAGUGCGAAAAACGAAGCGUCAUCUACCAAGAAACCAGCGAAGUGCUACAAAUGUCAGGGUACCGGACAUUUUGCCGCUCAGUGCAAGCGACCAGCAGCGCCAGCAACGAAGAGAGCCUGUUACGUUUGUGGAUUAUCGGACCAUUUGGCGAAAGACUGUUCGGAGCGGAAGCAGCAUUCAGUGUUAGAAGCCGGCGGAAAAUCGGUGCAGUCUACCACUACCUCGACGAAUGUGAUACAACCUGCCGUGCUUCCAGGACCGUACAUGGUUACCGUAAAAAUCAGUCCCAGCGAAAAAAGCGGUAAAGUAGACACUUAUGUGAUCGACGCGAUAAUUGAUUGGGGUUCACCAAUUAGCAUCAUUCGUAGUAGCGUCAUCGAAAACGAAUCGCGUUCUGCUGUCGAGGGUGACACUAGUCAGUUUGUCGGAAUAAACGGUGCGCGACUUAAAAUCUUAAAUAUCUUUCAUGGGCAGGUAGAAGUACGAGGUGUGAGUACAAAAAUAAAAUUCUAUACCGUGCCUGACAAUACGAUGGCGUACAAAGUACUCUUAGGACGAGAUUUUCUAGCGUGUCCGUUACUGCGAAUUACACUCGGAGAUGAUGUCGAGAUUGAGAAUGUCGAAGAAAAUAGCGUUACACAAAUAAUGCAUGUCGAGACUAGUGAAGAGCGAAAUAAUAUUCGUGAUAAAUUACAAGUGAAUCCCGCCAUAGGUGUGAACAAGGUCGAAAAGAUUUCUGAGAUUUUCGAGACGCAUUAUAUUCCAAACUUUAAUGCAGAGAAAUGCGGACCUGAUUUCGAGAUGAAUAUUGCGCUGAAACACGAUCAGUCAAUAAGUUCCCGUCCGCGUAGAUUGUCGUUUGUAGAUAAAGAAAAAUUGCAAAAAAUUUUGGAUGAGCUGUCGAGAAAGAAAAUUAUUCGUCCAAGUAGUUCACCAUACGCAAGUCCUAUAGUAUUAGUAAGAAAGAAAACCGGUGAUCUCAGAUUGUGUAUCGAUUACCGAGAGUUAAAUAAAAUAACAAUACGUGAUAAUUUUCCAACUGAGUUAAUCGAUGAUAACAUAGAUCGGUUAAAAGGUAAAAAAUACUUUUCUAUUUUAGACUUGAAAGAUGGAUUCCAUCAUGUGAAAAUGCACGAGGCAUCAAUAAAAUUUACAUCAUUUGUAACCCCGUUAGGACAGUAUGAAUAUUUACGGAUGCCGUUUGGUUUAACAAACGCGCCACGCGUAUUUCAGCGCUUUAUUCAUACCGUGUUUGAGCGUCUUGUGAGAGAACACAAAAUAUUGUUAUACCUAGAUGACAUAUUAGUAGCUACCGAGAGCUUGGAAGAGCAUUUUGAGAUCUUGUCUGAAUUGUUCGAGUUGGCUGGUAAAAGUCAUUUACAAUUCCGAUUAGAUAAAUGUUACUUCGCCCAAACAGAAAUAAAAUAUUUAGGCUAUUGCGUUAAUGAAUACGGGAUACGACCGAGCGAUGAAAAUAUCGAGUCUGUUUUGAAUUAUCCGAUUCCGCGAAAUGUAAAACAAAUACACCAAUUUGUCGGUCUUGCGAGUUACUUUCGUAGAUUCGUUCCUAAAUUCUCUUUAACGGCCAAACCACUGUACGACUUAAUAAAGAAAGGUACUGUUUUCCGAUUCGGAAAUAUUGAGAAUCAAGCGUUCGAAGCAUUAAGAAAUCAUUUGGCUAGUAAACCAGUAUUAGCGAUUUAUUCACCGCAUGCCGAGACCGAGUUACAUUGCGAUGCGAGCGCAAGUGGAUUUGGUGGCAUUUUGCUCCAAAAACAGAAUGACAACACCUGGAGACCUAUUUCAUUUUGGAGCCAACGAACUACCCCCACUGAGGCUAAAUACCACAGCUUCGAGUUAGAGUGCCUUGCUGUCGUGUACGCGCUAAAAAGAUUCCAUGUAUAUCUUGCAGGGUCUAAAUUUAAAAUAGUUACCGAUUGCGACAGUUUCCGGCUGACGUUAAAUAAAAAAGAUGUAAAUCCGCGAAUAUCUCGAUGGGCAUUAUUUCUACAGAAUUACGAUUAUAAUAUCGUACAUCGACCCGGAAAGCGAAUGAGUCACGUCGAUGCGUUGAGCCGAUGUCAUAGCAUAUUAGUACUCGAGGGUAGUACAUUCGAACGGACUCUGUCUAUUUGUCAAGAUCGAGAUAAAGAAAUUCUUAAAAUUCGCGAUAAACUUGAGAAAAACGAUGUAAAACAUUACGAAUUACGCGAUGGGUUGGUAUAUAGAAAAGACAAGAAUAAAAAAUUACUUUUUUAUGUGCCGCAAUCAAUGGAAUCAAAUGUGAUCAGAACGUGUCAUGAUGACAUUGGACACGUCGGUAUUGAUAAGGUUGUCGAGAAUGUUGCAAAAGUUUAUUGGUUCCCUAACAUGCGAGAAAAAGUAAAGCAUCACAUUGAAAAUUGCUUACGUUGUAUUGAAUUUUCACCACCGAGUGGUAAAGCGGAAGGCUUUUUGCAUGGGAUCCCAAAGGAAUCGUUACCUUUUGCUACGAUGCAUGUUGAUCAUAUCGGACCAUUAGAGAAAACUGGAAAAGGAUAUCGACAUCUGCUCAUCGUUAUCGACGCUUUUACGAAAUUUAUCAGAAUCUAUCCUUGUAAAUCCACAACUACCGAGGAAUCCGUAAAACACUUACGUGACUAUUUUCGUGCGUAUAGUAAACCGAAGCGUUUAAUCUCCGAUAGAGGUACCUGCUUUACCUCUGAUGCGUUCAAAGAAUUUAUAAAAAACGAGAGUAUUGUACAUGUUCUAGUUGCCGUAGGAACACCGAGAGCUAACGGUCAAGUAGAGCGUUUUAAUAGAGUCAUAACACCGAUGUUGGCGAAGCUAAGCGAAACCCCUUCGCAAUGGGAUCGAAUUUUAAAUCGAGUCGAAUACUCAUUGAAUAAUACCGUCUGUCGAGCAACUAAUGACACUCCUUCCCGAUUAUUAUUCGGAGUCGAACAAAAGGGCGUAACUUGUGACUCAUUACGAGAUUUACUUAGCACAGAUACAGAACGUGACCUUGAACAAAUUCGAAAUAAAGCUCACGUGAAUAUAGAAAAAUCGCAACUAGAGAAUACGAAAAGAUACAAUUUGCGACGAAAACCGGCGCGCGAAUAUAAAGUUGGCGAUUACGUAGAAAUCAGAAACGUCCAGACCACACCAGGCGUAAAUAAAAAAUUGUUGCCUAAAUUUAAGGGACCAUAUGUUAUUCGAAAAGUUUUAGAUUAUGAUCGGUACGUUAUCACCGACGUUGAUGGCUUUCAGCUAACUCAGCGACCGUAUACUGGUUGUAGCGCCAGAUCAGAUGCGACCUUAUAUUCAUUGUUAAUUUAG